UCAAAACAAAUCGACGGCUGCUUGCUGUUGCAGCUGCGUUUUUGGUUGAGGCCGGUUUGAUUGUUGAGUUCCUAACAAUAUUUAGCCAAAAUGUACCCCCAAAGUUCCCAGAAAAAGUUCUGGUCGUUCAAAACCGAGCAGGAACUGCAGGAGCGCCGGCUGCUGCAAAAUUACAACUUUAUCGCGCGGCAUGGUGCCGCAAUGAGUGAGGAGCAAAAGGCGGCCUUCUUUCUGUCCGCCGACGAGGAGCGACUUCUGCUGAAGCAGUACGAGCUGCAGCUAAAAGAGUUCUGCAAGCGGUUCGAGCCUCCGAUGCCAAAGUACGUCGUUGGAACCGCCUUUCACUACUUCAAGCGGUUCUACCUCAACAACUCUGCGAUGGACUAUCACCCGAAGGAGAUCCUAGCCACGUGCGUUUACCUGUCCUGCAAGGUGGAAGAAUUCAACGUGUCGAUCAAUCAAUUCGUGGCCAACAUCAAGGGUGACCGCAGCAAGGCCAUGGAUAUCAUUCUGUCGAACGAACUGCUACUGAUGCAGGAGCUGAACUAUUACCUCACCAUACACAAUCCAUUCCGGCCAGUCGAGGGAUUUCUGAUAGAUAUUAAGACCCGCUGCCAUAUGAACAACCCGGAUCGGCUGCGCCCUGGAAUCGAGGAUUUCAUAGACAAAACCUUCCUUACGAACGCCAUCCUGAUAUACGCCCCCUCGCAGAUCGCCCUGGCGGCGGUUCUGCACGCGGCCAGCAAGGAGCAGGAGAACCUGGACAGCUACGUCACCGAGUCGCUGUUCGGGGCGGCCGAGGACAAGCUGCCGGUGCUGAUCGAGGCGGUCAAGCGGAUACGGUCGAUGGUGCGCACCAUCGAGCUGCCCCAGAAGGACAAGGUGCGCCAGCUGGAGAAGAAGCUGGAAAAGUGCCGCAACCAGGAGAACAACCCGGACAGUCAGAUCUACAAGCAGCGAAUGAAGAAAAUGUACGAAGAUGAGGACGAAGCGGAACUGAUGGCGACGUCCUACCACAUGAACGCGUCCGAUGUGAGCUUAGAAGUGUCCCACCUGAACAGUAGCAAUCCGGCCAACAUGUCAAUCGAGUGAAGUUGAUGAGGCUGCCAAUCACGGGUAAGUUUAAUAUAUUUUUUGCCUCAUUUGUUUACAUUUUUGGUUACUUGCGGCGUACAAAUUAUGUUUCGGAAAACGAUUUGUAAUAAAAGUGUUAAUCAUUGGA